UCCCCCUCGAAUCCCACUGCUUUGCUUUUGCGCUUGUCUCUCUGUGCAUUCACCUUCUCUCUCUCCUCUCUCUCCUCUCUCUUUCUCUGUGUCUAAUGGUUACAGCUACUUCAAUCAUAGCCUGGGGCUCUGGAGAAGAUGGGCAACUAGGAAUUGGUACCAACGAAGAAAAGGAAUGGGCUUGCGUCGUUGAAGCUCUCGAGCCUUACUCUGUUCGCUCCGUUGUCUCUGGUAGCCGUAACUCCCUCGCCAUUUGCGAUGAUGGCACGAUGUUUACAUGGGGUUGGAAUCAAAGAGGUACAUUAGGACACCAACCAGAAACAAAAACAGAGAACAUCCCUAGUCGAGUCAAGGCCCUUGCCAAUGUCAAGAUCACUCAGGCAGCAAUUGGUGGUUGGCAUUGUUUAGCUGUUGAUGAUCAAGGCCGAGCAUAUGCGUGGGGUGGGAAUGAAUAUGGACAAUGUGGUGAAGAGCCUUUAAAAGACGAGAUGGGUAGGCCCGUACGAAGAGAUAUUGUGAUCCCUAAGCGUUGUGCCCCCAAACUUACAGUCAGACAGGUAGCUGCAGGUGGUACUCACUCGGUGGUUCUUACACGCGAAGGUCAUGUGUGGACUUGGGGUCAACCGUGGCCUCCCGGUGACAUAAAACAAAUAUCUGUUCCUGUAAGAGUUCAAGGUCUUGAAAAUGUCCGUCUUAUUGCUGUUGGAGCAUUUCAUAAUCUGGCUCUUGAAGAAGAUGGGAGAUUAUUGGCAUGGGGUAAUAACGAAUACGGACAACUUGGAACCGGUGACACCCAGCCAACAUCUCAUCCUGUUCCAGUCCAAGGCCUCGAUGAUCUCACUUUGGUCGAUAUUGCUGCGGGUGGAUGGCAUUCAACGGCUCUAACUGAUAAAGGAGAGGUGUAUGGUUGGGGAAGAGGAGAACAUGGAAGACUCGGGCUUGGUGACAAUGACAAGAGCAGCAAAAUGGUUCCACAGAAAGUUAAUCUUCUAGCUGAAGAAGAUAUAAUUCAGGUUUUAAAGCGUUAAGCUUCAAUGAGAGAUCUCUAUUCUUUGCUGAAGAGAAUAUCAUUCAUGUAAAGCAUUUAAGAAUCUUGAGUUCUCUUUCUUUCCAAAAAAUUCAGGUUUCUUGUGGCGGAACACAUUCAGUUGCUUUGACAAGAGAUGGCAGAAUCUUCUCGUUUGGUAGAGGAGAUCAUGGUAGACUUGGUUAUGGAAGGAAAGUAACAACAGGACAGCCAUUGGAGUUGCCUAUAAAGAUUCCUCCGCCUGAAGGAAGCUUUAAUCACACAGACGAAGAAGAAGAAGGAAAAUGGUCAGCUAAAUCGAUUGCUUGCGGUGGCCGCCACACUCUUGCCAUUGUAGAAUGGAAGUCCGAUGAUAUUUGACACUCAAUCUCACUGGUCACUGAAGAACUUGAGAAGAGAAGAUAUCAAUAGAUUUUUACUAAGGAAGGCAAAAGAAGAGUGUAUCUAUACAAAGAAAGAGGGAAAACAUGCUUAUUUCAAAUUUACUUUUUCCCUACAAAUAAUCUUUAGAAAAAAUAAUAAUUUUGAUUUCUAGGGAAAAAAAUUUCCAAUAAUUUUGAUCAGGAGAUGUAGACAUUUUAGUUUGUUGAAAACCUUGAACAAAAGUUUGUGUUUUACAAUCUUUUAAAUCAAUUAAAAAAAAUUGUAUCAUGUGCCAGUAAAAACAUUAAUAAGUUCAAUAAAAAACUCUAUGAUCAGG